AUGUCGAUAACAGUUAGAGCGAGUAGCGAAAACAAUGGGGACCUGUCAUCCAAAAAUGGCAAAAUAGUGGAAGAGGAAUGGAACGUAUCAGAUACUGCUCUUUCGUCAGAUUCUACUUUAUAUGAGAACUCUGGAUUCAGUGAACGGUAUUUGGAAAAAUCCAAAUUGCUAUCAAUCGCAAUUGAUGAAAUAGGAUUUGGAAAAUACCAGAUAGGACUUUUCUUUGUGGCAGGAUUUGGAUGGCUUUCUGACAAUGCUUGGCCUAUUGUGACUAGUUUAAUAUUACCAAGAUUGGUAGAAGUUGAUGGAGUUCAUGCUCCAGUAGGAAAGGGUCCAUACUUGACAUUAGCCCAGAAUUUUGGAUUAUUAGCGGGUGCCUUAGUGUGGUCUUUGUCGUCAGAUAUAAUUGGAAGAAGAUGGGCGUUUAAUUUGACGUUUUUAUGUACAGCGAUAUGGGCUACGGUUGCAGGCUCAUCUCCCAACUUUGCUGCUAUUGGGGUUUUUGCUGCAUUGUGGAGUUUUGGAGUGGGUGGAAAUCUCCCCGUAGAUUCUGCUAUCUUCAUUGAAAACUUGCCAUCUCGCCAGAAGUACCUCUUAACAAUGAUGAGUGGGUUCUGGGCUUUAGGACAAAUUCUUGCAAAUUUGAUUUCUUGGGGGUUGAUUGGGAAUUACUCUUGUAGUGAUUCAGAUACAGUGUGUCAUAAGGCAGAUAACAAGGGAUGGAGAUAUUUCUUGUACACUAUGGGGGGAAUCACCUUUUUAAUGUUUUUUUCUAGAUUUGCAUUCAGAGUGCUAGAAUCACCAAUGUUCUAUAUGGCCAGAGGAGACGACGAAAAGGCAAUUGAAAACUUAUACAAAAUCGCUAAGAUCAAUGGCCGACCUGUUAGUAUAACAUUAGAGCAAUUGCAAGAGAUAGAUAGAAAAUACGGAGAUCAGGAGAUCGUUCCUUCGAAACAUGCACAUUUAUCUAAAUACAAAUUGACUCAUAUCAGAGAUUGCUUUGCAUCUCGUAAGUUAGCCAUUUCAACAUCUCUUGUUAUAUUUACAUGGGGUGUAAUUGGUCUUGCGUUUCCGUUGUAUAAUGCGUUUUUGCCUUCCUAUUUGGAACGAAAUGGUGAUGCAAAUAAACCUCUUCCGGUACAUUUAGUGUACAGAAAUUCAUUGAUAGUUGCUGUUAUAGGUAUUCCAGGCGCUAUUGUUGCAGGUAUCUGUGUUGAGUUGAGAAUCGGUAGAAAGGGUACUCUUUUCAUAUCCUUGAUUUUAACUGGUGUUUUUCUCUAUUGCUCUACGACUGCCACUACGAGCAAUGCUAAUCUAGGCUGGAAUUGUGGUUUUAGUUUUUUCUCUAAUAUAGUGUACGGAGUUUUAUAUGCCUACACUCCAGAAAUAUUUCCUACAAAAAUUAGAGGCACAGGAGUUGGUCUUGCUGCUUCAUUUAAUCGUGUUAUGGGUAUAUUUGCUCCAAUUAUCGCAAUUUACGCUGAUAUAACAACAUCUGCACCAAUUUUUGUCAGUGGUGCUUUAUUUAUGUUUGCUGGACUUUUGACAUUACUAUUUCCAUAUGAACCUAGAGGUAAAUCGAGUUAUUAG